CACAUGGGUUGAUUCCACUUAUCCCAAUCCUUGGGCGCAACAAGCCCCUUUUGCGCUUCAAGGUAUCACCUCUCGGUCUUAUGGACUCUUGGAUUGGUAGCCCACAAAGAUGCGGUGUCGUACGCGUUCUACAAGUAGCUGCUCCGGACCGAUUCCGCGUGUGUUGGCGUAUGACUCUGGGACGACCACGCCUGUAGCGACUCUUGCAAAGCGAAUACUAACGUGGACGGCAAGUGAUGGACUUCUCCGAGCAUGUAUCGUUCUCGGAUUGACCACACAGAAGCUCCACAUCGUUUAGAAGCAGCUUACAUACUGUAGCUUUUU